AUGACUACAAAUGGAAUUGAUUCUUUGCAACCUUUAUCUGCACUUCAUUCAGAGAACCAAGAUAAUAAUAAACUAAGGGUGUUCCAAUCGUGUUCUUACUUAUUAGCUCAAUUGUUAAUAUGUUUGGUAGUUAGUGGAGCUCUCAUCUUCGUAUUCAAUGAUGGAGUACCCAGUGGAGCCACACCACAACACAUCACGUUAUGUGUUCUCGGGUAUCAACUGUUAAUGGCACAGGCCAUACUCAGCCUAUCUCCACAUAACAGCUGGUCAAUACAUCUUAGAAUAGUUGACAAAAGGCGAGCUCAUUGGAUCCUGCAGAUCCUCGGAUCUGGUCUGGCAAUAGCUGGCACUUUUAUUAAGAUUUUAGACAAGAGUGUUCAUUUUGAUACCUAUCAUGGACAAUUUGGUCUGGUGGCCUUAGUAUUCACAACAAUUUCGUUGGUGAAUGGGCUGGCAUCUCUAUGGGCUUAUGAAAUUCGAAAGUUAAUUCCUAUCCUCGGCAAGCUUUCCAAGUUGUCUCAUAUUUGUUUCGGAGUCGUGGCAUUCAGUAUGGCCUCCAUCACUCUUUGCCACGGGUUCGAGAAGUCUUUUUUCAGAGGAAUAUUGGGAGAUGGAGUCGGCUAUACUCUUAUUGGCUUUACAGCAUGUUUCACCAUUAUUAUCAUAAUAAACCCUCUUAUCAACUUUGUGACAAAGAUCAAAGGUGAAUGA